ACACGAAAGACGUAUGUAAAUCUCAGUCUUAUUCAGAUCGCAUUUUAUUCAACAUGACGCGAUUUCUGAUCGGUACGAUUUUAUUCGCAUCUCUCGUAGUUGCUGGCACCUGGGCAGUCGACGGCGUCAAAGGUGGCCAUCGUCCUCGCUAUCCAACGAGCGCUAAUCAGUACGGUGGGAACAACAAUAAUGUGCUUUGCUACAAAACAGUACCAUACAAUCAUGCAUUGGCUUAUAAUACUACUAGCGGAGUACCUUACAAUACAAUCCCUUUGCCACAGGACAAUCAGGAUUAUGCUCAUAGUCAUGGAUUCAUAACGAUCUUGGACUGCUGCGAGGGUUACAAGCGUAACAUUACGAAUGGCAACUGCGAUUUUCAUUGCGAGCAAGGUUGUUUCGGUGGCGAAUGCACAGGGCCAAAUCAAUGCACUUGCAAAUCCGGCUGGUUUCCUGAAAAUGGAGUCUGUAUGCCUGUUUGUCUGCAGCCAUGUCAAAAAGAUGCUUAUUGUUUUUCGCCGAACGUUUGCGCGUGUAAAUUGGGAUAUGACGAAGUGAAUGGUGAAUGCAGGCCGAUCUGUCCCGGUGGUUGCAGAAACGGUGACUGCAUCGCACCACGCGUUUGCAGAUGCAAGUCUGGUUACGUAUUAAACAAUCUUCAGGAAUGUGUUCCUGUCUGCGAGGGUGGCUGUCCCCAUGGCGAAUGUACCGCACCCGGUAUUUGUACUUGUUAUGAAGGGUAUACGAAUCCACCGAAUGAACGAGAAUCUUGCAUUCCUUAUUGCCAGAAUAACUGCAACGGUGGUCAAUGUAUCUCACCCGGUAUUUGCAACUGCAUCCAAGGUUACGUACGUAACUCAAAUGGUGGAUGUUCGCCAGAUCCCGUGUCGAAUCAAUGUAGAUACGGUUGCGGUGACCACGGCAUUUGUAUUGGUUACAAUCGUUGUCAAUGCGAACCAGGAUUUAAAUCAGAACCAGACACGGGUCGAUGUCUACUGGAUAAACGAUCAGAUCAACCACCCUAUGGAAAACCGGAUCAACCACUUUAUGGACAACCAGUUGGUCAACCAACCUAUGGACAACCGGUUAAUCAAUCACCACACGGACGACCGGUCGGUCAACCAACCGGUAACCAAUACGAGCCUAUUUGCGAUUUACCUUGUCUGAAUGGCGAAUGCACUGGUUUCAAUCAGUGCACCUGCAGACACGGUUACACAUUCGAACAGAAUGAUCUGACGCGAACAAGAUGCGUGCCCGUUUGCAUUGGUGGUUGCUCCAACGGAGUCUGCACGUCACCAAAUCAUUGUAUCUGCAAUCCCGGCUACAAAAAAGAUCUCGGUGUCAAAGGCAGACAAAGAUGUAUACCGAGUUAUUUGGUCAAUUCAAAUCGUAUCGAAGGAAAUCUAUCGAUUAUUUCUCAUACAUGUGCAUACGCAUCCUACACCGUUCCAAAAUCCUCCAAGGAACCUUUACCUAGCAGCCAAAAAAGAUCAAAAUAUACCAUGAAUUCGUUAUUUUUCUUCCUUCUUUGUAUAUUCAUCAUGGAAAUCGAAUAUUCUGUAGAAAAUUCUGAACUUAACAAUCAAGGAUACUGCACUAAACUCGUCAGUUAUAGAAAAUCGGAAAGUGUUCCAUACCGGGAAAGUUAUCGAGAAAAAAAUUGGGGAAUCUUUUAUAGAAUAAAGUAUCGAUGGAACUAUAGAACUGAGUAUUACUGGGCAUGGAAAACAGAAAAAAUAUGCUGUGACAUGUACAAGCAACAGAACGAGAAAUGCGUACCCAUAUGCUUCCAUGAUUGUGGUCACGGUGAUUGCGUGAGACCUAACAUUUGCUCCUGUCACGAGGGAUACCAAUUAAUAAACUCUCACAACCCAGUUUGCGUGGCCGUUUGCAAACAUCCCUGCGUGCAUGGUCAUUGUACGGCACCCGACGUUUGUACAUGCAAUCCUGGUUAUCGGAUGAAGUCAGACAAAUUUACUUGCGAACCUAUUUGCAAUCCAAACUGUGAUUUGAAAACUGCAUACUGUUCGGAGCCAGAUGUCUGUACAUGUCGCGAAGGAUACCAAAAUAAAAAAAAAAUCGGUUACACGAUCUGCGUGCCUAUAUGUAGCAUACCGUGCGUAAAUGGUAACUGCACGGCACCUGAUACCUGCACUUGCAAUCAGGGAUACUCUAUAGAUCUUUACGAUAAGUUCACAUGCAAACCAGUAUGCGACAACUGCGUAGAUGGCAUUUGCACCGCACCAGGAAUUUGUACCUGCAAUCAAGGUUAUUCUUUGAAUGAGAAAGGCUAUUGCAAGCCAAUCUGUAGUAAGUCUUGUCAUAUGGGUAUCUGUAUCGCACCUGAAACUUGCAUGUGCCAUGAGGGUUAUGGCUUUCUUAACGAUUCGAUGAACGUGUGCGAGCCGAUCUGUCCAAAGGCAUGUAUUAAUGGCUUUUGCAAACAUCCUAACGUUUGUGAAUGUCAUGAAGGAUUUCAAGUGACAGGCGAUGAGACAAGUUUGCACAUUUGUAUACCUCAUUGUAAUAGUCCAUGCGAACCAAAUGGAGAAUGUACCGCACCUAAUACUUGCACCUGCCAUGCGGGAUAUUCGCUCGCCGAUAACACCGAAGCUAUUUACUUUGAUGAAGAAUCGAUAUGCAAACCUAUCUGUGAAAAUGUAUGUGUUAAUGGAUUUUGUACGGCACCAAAUUACUGUAAUUGCUCGUUAGGAUAUGAACAUUCCGACAUAAACAACAUUUGCAUACCAGUCUGUAAUCCCACUUGUUCAUUACAUAGCUAUUGCAAGGCACCUAACGAAUGUAUCUGCAAUGAUGGAUACAAGUUAACGAUAGAUAAUAUAGAGAAUAAUAAUCUAACUUACACUUGUGAGCCGAUUUGUAAUGAAGAAUGUAUUAACGGAUUUUGCAGUACUCCAGAUGAAUGCAGUUGCAAUAUAGGCUACGAAAAAUUGAACUCUAUCGAGUCCAAUAUUUGUAAACCAAUCUGCGAACCUUCUUGUUGGUCGCAUAGUAGCUGCACGGCACCUAACGUAUGCACUUGCGAUGAAAAUUAUGUUUUAACAACAAACAAAAAGAAUUCGUCUAAGUGCGAACCGAACUGUCAGCCUGCUUGCCCUCCUAACAGCAUUUGUGAAAUCCCAGGACGAUGUCUUUGCAAAGAAGGUUAUCAUCCAUACUAUGAUAACAAUUCUAUGAAUUGCGAGCCGAUCUGCGAAUUCGACUGUAAAAAUGGUAUCUGCUCUUCGCCUAACACCUGUAGCUGUGAAAUAGGCUACAUUAACAACAAAAACGGCUCAUGCGUGGCCUAUUGCUCAGUUGAUUGCGGUAAUGGAACCUGUACAGAACCAGAAGUUUGCAGUUGUGAUGAAGGCUACGUAUUAACGGAGGAAAGUAUAACUUGCGAACCAUAUUGCAAAAAUAAUUGUACUAAUGGCAAUUGCGUGGCGCCGAACGAUUGUCAUUGUUACGACGGUUUUAUAAAGAACGGCAAUGAUAGCGAUUCAAUAUGUGUUAACGCCUGCAAAAAUGCUUGUAACAAGAAUGGCAUUUGUCUUGAUGAGCAAGGUAACUGCGAUUGCUUUUUCGGAUGGAAUGGAACCGCCUGCGAAGAGCCGACUUUUUGUAUAGUCGACAUUUUAGAGGAAUACAAAGCAUAUAAAACGUUAUCAAUCAUAAAAGAACAAAAUUAUCCAAAGAUAUUAAUGAGUGAAACCUACCCAACCUGUCAGCAAUGCUUGAACGAAGUCAAUAAUCAGACAAUUUGUUUCGAAUUUCAAUACAAUAUCUUCAGGAAACAAAAUUACUCAGCCGUAUGUCUCGUCAACGCAGAUUCAAUGUGUUACAUAACGCACAGUCCCAUAAGAGAAGUUAUAAAAGUUAGCGUCGCCGUUGGGGGAGUAGCCAUUUUAAUUAUAAUCACUUCGAUUGGUAUUGCUUGUUAUAAAUUUAAAAAGCAAAAGAAUAGUCAGGAAAAUAUUCUCUGGCUACCAGACAAACAUUGUUUCACUAUAAUACCAAGUAUAUCUUUCAUUAACAUGAGAUUUAAUAUCGCAUCCUUAUAUAUCAUCGUUUAUUUGAUGGUCGACCUGCCCAAAAUAUCGACUCUAUUUCCUUGGAAAGACAUGAACGACCAGUCAAUUUGUUCGGAAAUCAUAACUUUGAGCUUAAUUUCUAAAUCAAAUUUGAUCGAUUUUAACGAUAGAAAGAUGCAAUUCCAUAACGUUCCUUAUUAUGAGACAUACUGGCACCGUGUACUGGGAAUUUACAAACAAGAAAGACAUCGCAUUAAUUAUAAAAUUGAAUAUUAUCCGACAUAUCACACAAAAGAAAAAUGCUGCAAGGGAUACAAAGAGAUAUCAAAUAAAUGCGUUCCGGAUUGCUUUCCAGACUGUAAGAACGGAUUAUGUGAAGCUCCAAACGUAUGCGAGUGUUUUCCAGGAUACUCCAUAUCGACAGAGCAGAAACAUAUUUGUAAACCAAUUUGUUCGAAUGGUUGUUGGAAUGGAGAAUGCGUUCAACCCGAAGUUUGUGUUUGCCCUCCGGAUUACUUCAUAGAUUCUGAUGGCUACACUUGUCGUCCCAAUUGCGAAGACAAGUGCGAUCCUAAUAACAGUUAUUGCUCUGAACCGAAUACUUGUGCUUGUCAUGUUGGAUAUAAGAAAUCAAACGAAUCAGAAAUGUGCGAUCCAAUUUGUGAGCGUGAAUGUAUCAACGGCAAAUGCAUCGAACCGAACAUCUGCAGCUGCUACGACGAUUACGAACUCGAUGUCAACGAUUCAUUCAAUUGUAUUCCAAAAUGCGAACACAAUUGUCUCUUCGGAACAUGUACAGCUCCCAACGUUUGCACAUGCAACAUCGGAUAUGAGCCAAUCAACGAAAGUAACUGCAAGCCAAUCUGCAGUCAAUCGUGUGUAAUGGGUGUUUGUAUAGCACCUGACAUCUGCAGUUGCGUUGUUGGCUACAAAUUUUCGAACGUUUCCGUGCAUGUCUGUGAACCACAUUGCGAUCCUGAAUGUCUCAAUGGAACUUGCAUUGCUCCGAACAUUUGCAAAUGCAACGAAGGAUUCAUCUUCGAUGAAGACGAUGAAACAAAGACAAUCUGUAAACCCUUUUGCACCUCUCCUUGUGGUUUUAAUGCUGAAUGCACCGCACCUGAUAGCUGCACUUGUCAUGAAGGAUAUCGUUUCGUUGGGAAAAAUGAUACAACGAACAACAUUAAUGCGGUAUCGAAUAACAAAAAUGGCACUACUUGCGUUCCGAUAUGUAAGAAAGAUUGCGUGAAGGGCAAAUGUACCCUUCCUGAUGUUUGCAUCUGUGAAGAAGGAUAUGAUAAAAUUUGGGUACAAGUGAUACCAGACAACGUACAUAAUUAUCCUUGUACAUCAAUUUGUAAAAAAGUCUGUGAUCUGAAUGGCAAUUGCAACGCAUCUGAUAAUUGUAUAUGCAACAAUACGUAUCAUAACACGAAUAUACAAGGUAAAUACAUUUGUCAACUUUUUUGCGAUAUAAACUGUGAGCAUGGUACGUGUGAGACUCCAAAUGUUUGCACCUGCGACGAGGGAUAUAAAAAAAACGAGGAGAGUCGAUGUGUCGAUGCGAUUUGCCAUUCUUCUUGUAUCAAUGGCACUUGCACCAAACCAAACGUUUGUACUUGUUACGAGGGCUUCCUUCUACGAAACGAAACGCUUUGCGAGCCACUUUGCGAAAAUUCUUGUCCAAAUGGAACACGCAUUGCACCGAAUACUUGUCGAUGUAACGAAGGUUAUUUCGAAAUAAAAAACAACAAUAUUUCCGCUUGUACCUUGAUGUGUUCUCAAAACUGCAGUGAACAUGGUACUUGCUUCGAUGGACAAAACUCUUGCUCUUGUUUUUUUGGAUGGAUCGGUAUAAAUUGUGACGUAGCCAGCCUCUGCGUUUACGAAACAACUCUCAACUCGACUCUCCUCUCUUCGCUUACAAUCAUAAAUGAGACGAACAGCACAUUGACGAAAAGCUACGAUAACGCGGCACUUUGUUAUCAAUGUUCCAACUCCCUUGACAAUGCGACAUUGUGUUUCGUCGUACAUUCGAAUGAAUCACUUACAAUACCAACAGUUGCUUGUUUCCUUAGUAUAGAGUUGCCAUGCUACAGGAGACCACAUAAUAAUACACUAAAAAGCUCUUUUGGUAUAACGGAAUUGCUCAUAGCAAUCACAAUAGCGAUCACACUAGCUGCAGCUAUAGGUGGAUAUGUUAUUCGCAAAUGUCGAAAACAACCAACGAAUUUAUUACCGAACGAGCAAACUAAUUCAUUGAUAUAUGAUAAUGAUACUCUGAUAAUUAGAGACGAAGAUUAUCUAAUCGAACAAUGGCAUGUGUAAGAAAUUAGAAGUCUUCUCGGGCAUCAACAAAAAUCCUAU